AUGAAAUCGAGGUUGACAGUUAUCGAUCUUUUUUGUCAGUUUCCCGCGCAAAGCACAUGCCCGUUAGAAGCCUCGAUCAUCAUGGCGGACAAACUCGAAUCCUCCGAACUUAAAUCUGAGGCCAAAGAAACGGCAAAGGAUGAAAAGUCAAACAAUGUGGAGGCCGAGGAUUCGAAGCAAGUUUCAAAGAAUGGUGAAGACGAAGACAACGAGGAGUCAAGCGAAGAAGAGGAGCAUGCAGGACUCUAUGACAAGCCAGUUGUUAUUGAAGGGAAAAGAGCAAGGAAGUCAACAGACUUUCUGGUCAAUCAAACCACACCAACUAUAAUCAAAGAGAGCAAGCCUCUUAUCUUUGAGGGUAAGGGAGAAUCCCUAGGAUCUAUUGAAAGAACAAACUAUGAACUUGGAAGAAGUUCUGCAGGAGAGCUGAAGCCUCUUCACAAGCUUCUAUAUGGAAGAGAAGGAAGGGUAAUGGAAGUUAAAAAGAAUAUUAGGAAGUUUAAUGGAUUUCCAUUUGAAAAGGAUUCUAAAGAUUAUGAAGCUAAAAAGCUUGGUGUAGAGAGAUUUACAAAUGAUGGUCUAAAAAGGCUUUGUGAAAUUUUUGACCUGGAAAAGAAGGGAAAAAGGAAUGAUCUUCUUGAAAAAGUCAUGGAUUUUCUUAUGUCGCCAAAAUCUUCAGGGAAACCUGCACCUCAGCCUAAACCAAAAAAGGAUGAAAAGAAAAAGAGAAAAAGACCAAAAAAGGAGGGUAGCUCAAAGAGUAAAAAAGAGAAGUCAAAGAAGACAUCAGAGAUGGUAGAGAGUGAAGAUGAUGAAGAAAAAGAGGAAGAGGAAGAAGAGGAGGAGGAGGAGGAACAGGAACAGGAGGAAGAACCUCCAAAGAAGAAAAAGAAAGUCGAAUCAACACCUAAAAAGACCGAAUCUUCACCUAAAAAAGCCAAAGAAACGAAACCGAAAGAAAAGGGAAAGGAGAAAGAAAAGAAGAAGAGUAAAGACAAAGAUAAAGACAAGGCAAAGUCAAAGAAAAGUGUAGAAAAGACAAAAACAUCUAAAAAGAGAGACCCUGUUCCUGUGAAGAUAACAGCUCUACAGAAAAGUCCCUCAAAGAAGAAGACACCUAAAAAAGAAAAACCAGUACCAGUAGAUGACUCAUCCUCUGAUGAGGAACCGCUAGCAAAAAAAUCAAAGAAACAGCCUCCUACUGAUAGUGAACUUGAAAAGAUUGUUAAAGAUCUUCUAGACGGUGCAGACCUUGAAAUGGUCACAAUGAAGAGUGUGUGUAAACAAGUGUAUGAUAAGUUUCCAGAGCAUGACCUCACAUCUAGGAAGGACUUUAUCAAGGAAACAGUUAGAAAGGUAUGA